AUGACAUCGUUCCCAUUAUCUACAGGUGCCUUGAAGCAAGCAUUCUCCAAAGACGGUCAUGAUAAAGUCAAAUGCCCUUUGGUUUUCCAAGUAACGAAUUUGAAAUCAGUCAACACCAUGAAUAAUCUGAAAAAAUACCGUAUUUUACUAUCUGAUGGCGUUUACUCCACCCAGGGAAUCAUUGAAGAGAAAUGUACUCCGUAUUUAGAAAAUAACAACUGGAGUAGAUACUGUACUAUCCAAGUGAAUGCGUUCCGUACAUUAGCCACUGCUAAACAUUUUUUGAUUAUUGAAGAUGUUGAAAUUUUGACCCCCACGGGAGAAAAGCCAACCACGCCAUUGAUUAAUAUUGAUACCUAUUUUGCUGAACACCCUGAAGAGGCGGCAUUGACUGUCACGAAGAAGCAAAACUCAGUUGACGAGAAGGAACAAACACCAGGUACAACACCUCCUGUUGCCCAGUCCACUGCCACUGCAGCUAGUGCAGCACCAUCCAUCAAGCAACAAUAUCCUCCACUGAAAGCUGGCCAAGCAGCACCAGCAAGGAUCUCCCCUAUUGAGACCAUCUCCCCAUAUCAAAAUACCUGGACUAUCAAAGCCAGAGUUUCAUACAAAGGUGAACUUAGAUCGUGGUCAAAUGCAAAAGGUGAAGGUAAAGUGUUUAGUGUCAACUUUUUGGAUGAAUCAGAUGAGAUAAAGGCUUCUGCAUUCAACGAAUCAGCUGAAAGAGCUUACAAUUUACUUGAAGAAGGUAAAGUUUAUUUCAUCUCCAAAGCUAAAGUUGGUGCCGCUAGAAAGAAGUUUAACAACUUAACCCAUCCAUACGAAUUAACAUUGGAAAAGGAUACUGAGAUUACUGAGUGUUUUGACGAGUCAGAUGUGCCUAAAUUGAAUUUCAAUUUUGUCAAAUUGGAUAAAGUGCAAAAUUUGGAACCAAAUGCCAUUAUCGACGUGUUGGGAGCUUUGAAAAUCGUCAAUCCACCAUUUCAAAUCACGGCAAAAUCUACAGGUAAAGCUUUUGAUAGAAGAGAUAUUACCAUCGUUGAUGAAACUGGUUUUGCUGUUGAUGUUGGCCUUUGGAACAAUACUGCAGUUGAUUUCAGUGUUGAAGAAGGUACAGUAAUUGCUUUCAAAGGAUGUAAAGUAUCCGAUUUCAAUGGUAGAUCAUUAAGUUUAACUCAAGCCGGCUCAAUAGUGCCAAAUCCUGGAACACCAGAAAGUUAUCAAUUAAAGGGAUGGUUUGACAAUAUUGGAGUCAAAGAGAAUUUCAAAUCAAUGAAGACGGAGACUAAUGCUUCAUCAUCUAUUGAUAGAUUGGCAAACCGUAAAACUAUUGCUCAAGUUGAAGAAGAGAACAACAAUUUGGAUAGUGAACAACUGGGUUAUUUCACCAUUAAGGCAUGUUUUUCCUUCACAAAACCGGAAAAUUUCGCAUACCCUGCUUGUACCAACAUUAUUGCUAACACUACUGAUUCUACUAAACCAGGAUUACCAUGUAACAAAAAAUUGGCUCCAGUUAAUGAUAAAUGGAGAUGUGAACGAUGUGAUUUAUCCUACGAUGAACCAACGUAUCGUUACAUCCUUUACAUAUCAAUUACCGAUGCAACAGGGCAAUUAUGGACAACUUUAUUUGAUGAACAAGCUAAAAAAUUAUUAGGAAUAGAUGCUAAUGAAUUAAUGAAGAUGUCUAAUGAAAAUGAAAAAAUGGUUGUUGCUGAAUAUAUAUCAAGAGCUUAUUUCAAAGAAUAUAAUUUCAGACUUAGGGUUAAACAAGAUACAUUUAAUGAUCAAUUGAAACUCAGGUAUCAAUGUGUUGGGUUAAGUGAUAUUGAUUACAAUACCGAAUGUGAGUUUUUGUGUUCUGAAUUGGAUUCAUUGUUGGAAUAG